UCAGGUGAAGAAGCAAGUAGCGGAAGAGAAGAAUAAUCUCUAUAGAAAAAAUUCAACAUUCGACCCUUACUGCAAAAUGAAAAACUGGAGGCAAAUCUUGGUCGUCCUGCUGACCCUAUUGGCAUUACAAGUCACUGGAUUGCCGAUUCACAACGAUGAUCCCGACAACUCAUGCAGUCAGGAAAAAUUACAGGCGAUGCUUGCGAAAUGCCAGAGCCCGUUGGACGACGUGACAAGAGUGAUCACCAAGUUCCCCGACGGUCAGCAGCGCUGCGGGUACAGAGUUCUGAACAUCUUCCCUGACCCUCACAUUGUUGAUGAUGAGAGCCUCGUGGCCUUGAAGGAGGAGAAGAAGAAGCUGCCUCCUUGCAGCAAAUGCGAGACGAAAGUUUUCCUGCUGAACGGUGAAGGGAACGUCAUACAAGGACCAGUUACUGAAAGGGAAUUCACCGAACCUGGAGCUCCACAGGCUGUUUCGGACGUCAACCUGAAGGCCGAAAACGACCAGGCAAUUUCAGUGGGAUGGCGUUAUCCUCUACCAGAUUGCCCUCUCGUUAGUUUCAGUAUUACCUAUGAACGCUUCGACCUGAACGACUUGACCCCGCCUAGGGAACUUCAAACCUUUGUGGUUAAUGGCUUGACUCAUCGCCUGAGCAAUGUGGAGCAUCACUCUCUUUAUGAAAUUUGCAUUACUACCUUGAUUGGAGAAGAAAAGAGCACGAAAACUUGCGCCAAAAUUCCAACACAGCCCAAAACUUUCCCGGCUCCUUCCAACCUGGAACUCAUAGGCAGCACCAGUUCCUCCCUGACGGUGGCAUGGGAACCUCCUGAGGGCGUUGAAGUGGUCAACUACAAGCUGACGGUGGCUGAGGCUCAGCUGCCUGACGACAUUGAAAGGAAUGAGUAUAAGCUGGAAGGACCCAAGGCUCAACUCUCUACUCUUGCAGCCACCACGUAUACCCUGCCUGCCGAGCUUCAUAGUUACACAAUUAAAAACCUGAGACCUGGAUAUAAAUACCGCAUUGGAGUAAAGACGGUUGAUGCAUCCGGGUCAGAAAGUAACGAAGCAGGAAUAUUUGUUUCAACGAACAACGCGGAUGGUGAAAAUUCUGGAAAAGAAGGGAAAUCCACAGCGCCAUCUCCACCAGAAUCCACAGCAGAGACAGAUGGUAGCCAAGGCGGGGGUGGAGAUAUUGUUUCGGACAAAACGUAUUGGGUUAUCAUUGCUCUGUCGAUCGUUGCAUCCAUUUUGGGAAUAGUUGCAUUCAUAUUUAUUUUCGCUUUCUGCUGUUGCAAAGGGAAGGCCUUUGUUGGGAAAAACAAAGAAAAAAUCAUCAGAAAAAUGGGUAAGUAUAUCCCGGAUUUUUCUAAUGACAAUGUAAAUCCUGCACAUUUCCCGAAAGAAGGCGCCGUCAGCGAUCCAGGUGCUCGCCUUCUGAGUCAAGGUGUUGCUCCAAAAUCCGAGAUUGUUUAGAUUAUCUAAAAAAGUGUCCAGAAUAAUCUUUGCAUUAUUAUUAGCAUAAGAUAGAAACCAAAACAAAAAGGCAUAAAUGGAAUUAAAUUGAUUUGUAUGAUUAAUUUUACUCAUAUUUAUUUUAAGCAGUGACUGCGGAAAUAACAAAAUUCUACGGUGCACCCAUUUCAUCUUGCUGUAACAUGAGAUAGAUGCACAUUUUGGUUAAAUUUUUCGGAUGCACUAUAGAAUAUGAGCAGAGAGCUUAAUUGCGUUUAUUGAUCUAAAUAGAUUUUCUAGGUGUCCAUGGUAUGAAUUGAAUGACAAAGAUUGAAUAAAUUUUAUAUGGAUUGGCGUCAGCCCUAAAUAAAGUCUGCCCAUUAUUUUCUAAGCAAGAGUCUAGUGACACUUAUGCAAAUUACCCUCGUUUUUUCCGAACUGCUUUAUUAAGACAAGCCAAGGAAUCAUACGUAUUAAAUUCAUUUGUUGAACAAUCUUAAAUUUCAGAGGGCAUAUAGUAAUAAAGUAAAAACAACGCUAUGCGCUCAUAAACCUGGAUUUCUCAUAAAAUCGAGGGUAUUUAUUCCUACAUGAGUUGCGAUUAUUUUAUCGUAAAGGUCCAGUAUAGUGCCUUUAUUAUCUAAUCGGCGAGUCAGAAGAGACUUCAGAAUGACUUUUUUUAUCGUCGAGAAAAUAUAUUCGUGGAUCAACUUGCAAUUCUUGCAUAUGUAUUAUGCGUUGAAGUUUCUUAUAAACUAAAAAAGAAGCAAACAUGACAAAUUUAUAUCAUUUUACAACUAAAGUUUUAGGUUAAGAUAAAAAAUAGUUUAUUUUGCCACCUGCAUGCUAUCUUAGAAGUUCCACUAAGAUCGUUAAAUUUAAACUAAUGUUUUUAAUCUUUUUUGAUUUAAUGAACAAAUUUUUAACUGAAAUGUAAAAGUGUAUCUUCAUGUUGCUUGUUGAAAAUAUAUACAUGUAUGAGGCCAUUAACGAACUUUAUUUUAUUAAUUUUUGUGCAUAAUUACUAUCUAUUUUUGUACAUGAUUACUCUAAGUUCUUAAUUGAAUUAUCCUGUCGACGUCUCAUCGUCACUUCAGUUGUACUAGGAUUAUUCUUCCCUUUGAUGAGCUGCACUGCAGGUCCAACCCAACGAAAAAAUGUACGUGUGCAGUAAAAUCGCCUAUAAAAUGACAAUAGUGUUCAUUCUGUCUUUAUUGUUUCGAAUAUUUAGGACGUACAUCUUCUUGUUAAAAACACUGAUAAGAUAUAACGCUUCAUUUGUGUUUAGUCGUAAUUUGUGUCUUUAGAUGCGCCAGUGUUUGAUUGAUGAGUCAUUUGUUAUCAUCAAAUAUAUUGAAACUCAUAUGAAAUUACAAAAUGAGAGAGGAUUUUGUUAAUGAUUGAAAUGGCAACUUUUAUAAAUUGUUUCAACACAGAUUGUCAAUUAAAUCCUGAAUU